GGCGGACUUGCAGGAUAAAUAACCAUUUUUACACUGCCACAGCCAAAAUAAACUUCGUCGUUUGAACACAAGCCCAAACAGAGACAAACCAUGGGAAGUCACAGAGAUGGAAACCCAAUCGGAGACAAAAGAGAGGGUUUCAACUUCACUCUGGAGCUUCCCGUCACCGAUCCCACGUUCAACCUUGAGAACACGGUCUGCAGCCAUGGCCUCUUCAUGAUGUCCCCAAACCAUUGGAAUUCUUCUACCAAAUCCCUCCACCGCCCUCUCCGCCUCUCCUCCUUCCCUUCCCUCUCCCUCUCCGUCAUCAUCUCCCAUCCUUCCCCUCCCAACCCCCUCCUCAUCUCUGUCUCCGGCAUUGCCUCUCUUUCCUCUCAAGAUCAGCUAUGCUUGCUUGUGCGCCGGAUGCUGAGAAUUUCGGAGGAGAAUGAUAGGGUGGUGAGGGAGUUUCAGGAGAUGCAUGGUGCUUCAAAAGAGAGGGGUUUUGGGCGAGUGUUUAGGUCGCCUACCUUGUUUGAGGACAUGGUUAAGUGCAUUCUCUUGUGCAAUUGUCAAUGGUCAAGGACACUAUCAAUGGCAAGAGCAUUAUGCGAACUUCAGCGAGAGCUGAUGGGAAGUUUAGUUGCUGAAACAUUCCAGCCAAAGACACCCCAAGUGGUAGAACGAAAAAGAAAGCGUGGCAGGGGAAAGAAAGUUGCCAUAAAAUUAGAAACCAAGUUUGUGAAGAAUUAUACUGAGUGUGCAGAAAAUGAAAAAUCCCUGGUCAAUCAAGAUACCCGACUGCAAUCUGUGCAACAAUGUCAGUUAUCAAAUACUGACUCAUGUUCGGAAGAGUUGCAGAAUUGCUCCACCUUGGCUGUGAAGGAUGAGUCCCUUCAAAUAGGGAACUUUCCUAGUCCUGAGGAACUAGCAACUCUUGAUGAAAAUUUUCUGGCGCAGCGAUGUAAGCUUGGAUAUCGGGCGCAGCGAAUCUUAUCACUUGCUAAGGAUAUCGUGGCCGGAAAGAUAAAUAUCAAAAAGCUUGAAGAAAACUGUCAUGGUUCCUUGUCAGGUGACUACAAUGAACUGGACAUGCAAUUAUCGGGUAUACAUGGAUUUGGUCCUUUUACCCGCGCAAAUGUGCUAAUGUGCAUGGGAUUCUACCAUAAGAUUCCGACAGAUACCGAGACAAUCAGACAUUUGAAACAGUCCCAUGGGCGAAGCAAUUGCACCAUUCGGUCUGUCCAGGAUGAUGUUGAAAAAAUUUACACUGCAUAUGCACCGUACCAAUUCUUGGCAUAUUGGUCAGAGUUGUGGGAUGGCUACGAGAAAAGGUUUGGGAAGCUAAGUGAAAUGCCACAUUCUGAUUAUCAAGUUAUUACUGCAAACAAUAUGAAGUGCAGCAAUGGUUGUAGGAAAGUUUAGGUGGCUAUUUUUUAAAGGGCAGCUGUUUUGCACAAGCUCAUUUGGAGGGCUUAAUAUAAAAAGCUCUCAUUGGAUUGAAAAAUGAAAAAGUGUAAAAUAGUUUAUACCCUCUCCGUUUCUUUUUUAUUUGUCAAUUUUAUUUAAGUAACACUUUUUUAUU